CGCCUGGCUGGCUCGCGUAUUUCGCGUUCGACACUCGCCGAGUCCACACGUGCUGCUGCUCCCGGUCGUGAUCCGUGAUCGUGUGAUCCGUGAUCCCCAGUGUGCUCAACACACACCAAAAACCAACCAACCAAAAAAAAAAAAAAUAAAUAAUAAAAUAAAUAAUACGAAGAAACAUCCAAGUGCCUACGAGUGUCAGUGCAUAUUUUUUUGUUGUUAUUGCCGCUGCUGUUACCGUUACUUGCUUACAAGCAAGACACCGAGAAAGAGAAAGAACGAGAAGAGAGUAAAGAAGAACCUUCCAGUGAAACCAGGGAUUUCGCAAAAGCACGGAAAUAUAAGGAAUCCACGGCAGACGAGAUAGAUCACGUAUCACACACAGCUGUGUCUUGACCUUCGGAAAGAUUACUCCUUAUCGAUCCGAUCGCCACGCCCACAGCGCCAUCAUGUGGAGCCCACAGAAAGGCCCUACACGGCUGUGGGACCUUAGGUUUAGUAGCUGUAUAUUUAUCUUACACUUAAUGUUUAGUUUAGUCAUAGCUGGUAAUGAACUGUGGCCCAUGGAGCGGCCAGACGGAAUGCCGAAUAUCGUUUCGCUGGAGGUGAUGUGCGGCAAGGAUCACAUGGAUGUCCACCUCACCUUUUCGCAUCCCUUCGAGGGCAUUGUCAGCUCCAAAGGACAACACAGCGAUCCGCGCUGCGUUUACGUACCGCCCUCGACGGGCAAGACGUUCUUCUCCUUCCGCAUCUCGUACUCCCGAUGCGGCACCAAGCCGGAUCUCAACGGACAGUUCUACGAGAAUACGGUGGUGGUGCAGUAUGACAAGGAUCUGCUGGAAGUUUGGGACGAGGCGAAACGACUGCGCUGCGAGUGGUUUAAUGACUACGAGAAGACCGCCUCCAAGCCGCCGAUGGUGAUUGCCGAUCUCGAUGUUAUCCAGCUCGAUUUUCGAGGUGACAACGUUGACUGUUGGAUGGAGAUUCAGCAUGGCAAGGGUCCUUGGGCGCCACCGGUAAGUGGUAUUGUACCACUUGGAUCCACCUUGACCCUUGUGGUGGCCAUCAACGAUUAUAGAGGCGAGUUCGACAUGCGUGUAAAGUCCUGCGUGGCCUCCGAUGGAUCUGGCCAUGUGAUCAACCUGUCGGAUGAAUUUGGCUGCGUGCUGCGACCCAAGAUGAUCUCACGCUUCCUGAAGGCCCGUGCUCCCGACGAGAGGGCCACCGUGAUCACCUACGCCUUCUUCCACGCCUUCAAGUUUCCCGACGCGCUGAGUGUGCACAUCAAGUGCAAGGUGGAGAUCUGUCGCCAUGGCUGCCUCGAUCACUGCCAGAAUACGGGCGUGGGCGGAGUAGGAGGUGGUGGUGGAGGCGCAUCCGGAGAGUCGCUGGGACUGGGCCUCGGACUUGGUCUGACCAAUGCCAACGAGCGCAAGGAUGUGCACAUGUCGGAUGCGAUGGGUAGCAGCAGCAACGAUCUGCUCAGAGAUCUGGCCCUGCCACCAGGCGGUGGACAGCAUGGCAUGGGCAUGGGUAUGGGCAUGGGUCCGGAUCACGACAUCUUCUACGAGGACAUCAUCCACGAUCACAAGCAGACGCUCAACGGUGGCGGCGGCGGCGGCGGAGGAUCUUCAAAUGGCGGUGACUAUGGCCACGAGAAGAGCGUGCACCUCAAGCCGCGGCCAGUGCACGAAGAGCAGGAGGAGGCCGAUCUCUCCGAUCUGUUUGGCGACGAGGACCUGGCCGAUUUGGACAUGGAGGGCGGCGAGGGCGAGCGGUACUUGGGCCUGAAGAAGAGUGGCAAAUUCCCACAUGGUCCGCGGCAAUUGGAGGCCCAAAAGCGCAUGGGUGUGCCGAUGGCGGGUCCCCGCUCCCUGGAGCCCCGGACGGACCAGGAUGAGGAUGUGCCGCGACCCGUGUACAGGCCACAGGCGGAGGCUUUGAAGAAGCCACGCGAAGAUCACAUCGAUUUCGACAAGGAAGAGGAGACGGAGAAGGAUCACGAAAAGGCUGAGGAGCAGGGGAAAAAGGAAGAGGAGAAGCAGGUUGGAAAAGGAGAUGAAGAAGGUAGCACCUCGAAGAGCCGUCGCCGUAGAUCCCUGGUCAUAUCCGAUCGCAAGGUACGCAGUGCCGACGUGGGCGUCAGCGGUCUAUACGAUGUCAUAUCCGAGGCCGAUCUGGCCUUCUCGCCGGACUCCAAGCAGGAGGCGGUCACCGUCUUCCAGGGCAAGAUCAGCGAGGAGGUGGUCUAUGGCAUUUGCAUGCCGGUGCCCGGCUUCAGCAUCCUCUUCAUCGUUGUUAUCUCGGCGACAAUUGUGUCCGCCCUGGUGGCCGGCUCCCUGCUCUAUCGCUAUCAGCUGCAAAAGGAGGCGCUGGACAAGCAGACGCCGAUGCCGGUGACCGGGACAUUGGCCUCCUGGAUGACCCUGCGACUCUUUCGCCUGCGACACAUGCAACAGCAGCAGCAGCAGCAACAGCAGCAACAGCAGCAAGUGAGGCAGCCGACUUCAGGACACGAAACGGUUCAGUGAUCAGUAAUCAGCGAUCAGUAAUUAUGAUCAAAAUCAAGCAGCGAAAUCGGAAUCGACAUCGAAAUGGACAUCGAAAUCAAAAUCGAAAUGGAAAUCAAAAUCAAAUCACGUUGCCCACGUCUAUAUGCCUUCCAUUAUUAU